AUGGCCGCUCAAGUAAGUAUCUCAACUGCUCAGCCCCUCCUCUACACUUUCACGUACCCGCCCUCGCGCUCUCGUUCGCCUACUGGGCGUCGUCCAACCCGCGCCGUCCAAGAAUAGACUAUCCACCUCUCUCAUUCGUCGUUCGCAGACCCGACGGGGCACUCACCCGGAGAGCUGAUCACAUCCUUCCCACCCUGCCCCUUCCCUGCAGGACUACUACGGUGGACAACAGAACAAGGGGUACCCUCAGCAAGGUGGAUGUACGUUGAUGGUGGUCGUGUUUGUCAAUGAAGGCGCUGGUCGGUUCCCCGAGGCGGUGUCCCCUGACCGAUGA